CCCCAACGCUUCUUCCCCCAUCCAUCGUUCCAUCGUUCAUCCCAUCCUUCCUACGCCCAGAACCUGCAUAAUAUUCUCGGGCUUCUGUCGUCCGUAACCCACCAGAAGACGCUCCCAAUAACAGCUUUGCGCCCGCAGCCCCAGCCAGUGCUUGUUCUUACUUCCAACAUCUGCUGCCUUAUUGGACAGACUUCUAUCUCGCACAAAGAGGGAUUUAUAGCUCAAAAGUCGCAUACACGCUCAUCCCCAACCUCUCACCCCUCAACCCGCAACGCCCAUCCCCCACCACACCCAUCUUCAAUCCACGAUGAUCUCCUCCCAGCAACAGCCUCUCCCCACUCCGCCAGACACGCCUCCCCAAUUCCCCAGCACAGUCCUCGACUGUCCUGCACUCCCCUCCCCACCCUCCGAGCCCGUCCCAGUCCCCACAACCGCACCGACCAAACGCACGCCCUCAUUCCACCUCAUCCUCCCCCUCCCUCGGCCCGCUAGCAUGCCCCUCCUCUCCCCCUCGCCAAGCGCCUCCCUGCUCGCCUCUUUCUACCCUCCCUCAUCGGCAGAAGCACAGGCACACGACCAUAUCUACGAGCAUAUACUGCAUGACCCGCUCAUUGGCGCGACGGAGAUGGGCCAGAGCGCGGCUUACGCGGCCGUGAGGAGGUAUAUCCUUGCUGAGGACUUGUUUAUCUUCCCUACCGAUGGGAGGCAGCUGAGUGAUGUCCUGGGCCGGUUUGCAAGGGAUGUCAUACACAGUCUCAUCAGCCAGGCAAAAACCCGCAUAGAGGAAGGCGGCUACGCUCGUGCUCGCGCCAUAGCCAUGCAUUCUCUCCACACGCAGGUCUUAACUCCAAGCGGGACGUCCACCCUCCUAGAGAUACACAAGGAGCUCACCCCAGCGCUGUCGAGGAGCGAAGGGAGCGUCUCGGGGGACAGCGAGGGUGAGGAGGUGCGCACGCCUGGUUUGGCAAGCUCGAUGGGAAGGAGAGCGAGGAUGCGGAUGACGAUGACUCGCAUGCAGGAGAAGGACGGUACCGCUCCUGGGAAGGCCGGAGGAGGGGAAGUGGUGAUCGCUAGUGCUUGAGUUGCGGCGACCCUGCCCUCGCUCCCGUCGUUCGGGCCCGGUCAGUGCGGGCGCUUCCCGAGGCGGGACGAAACGCCGAUACCCAAAGCGGGAAGGAAGCCAGAAGUCAGAAGCCUAGCAAGAGAUUACCUCUCGAGCGCCCUACCCCUUCUACACCCUGCCCUGGCUUCGGUCCCGCUUACUGUCUAUUUCCCUGGUUCUGCUGGUUCUAAUCCUGGUUCUGCUCGUCGUCUGCUCAGUCCCCGCUUCGGUCUUCUCUCCCUGUUUCCCGGCUGUCCGACCCCUCCCCGCUCGCCUGAUCCCCUCUCCGCCUGCCCGAUCCCCGACCCUGAUUAUCCCAUUGGGAUUGGGGUUGGGGCUGUCAUUAUCGUUGUCGAACCUAUUGUCACCCCUCCACCCGCAACCUCACUCCUGACUGUCACUCUCGCUCGCGUGACUCACUGUAUUCAAGCUUUCAUCACCCUCAAGUUCCCCCGUGGUCGUCACGCGUCAU